AGUGGAGAUGGAGUUCAGUAUUGAUAUUGAAAAUAGAGAUAACAUCCGGAUCUAUCGAUAGUUUUUUAUCUCCGCAAUGUACGGACAAAACAAUCUUGUAUACAAUUGUAGAGGAAGUAAUAUUGCGGGAUUCAUUUAUAAAAAAUGGCCAAUCGAACUGUUAAAGAAGCAAAAAAUAUUCAUGGAACCAAUCCUCAAUAUCUGGUUGAAAAAAUUAUACGCUCCCGCAUUUACGAUUCGAAGUAUUGGAAGGAGCAAUGUUUUGCACUCACUGCUGAGCUGUUGGUAGACAAAGCAAUGGAGCUGCGAUUCAUUGGCGGUGUUUACGGCGGAAAUAUAAAACCUACACAAUUCCUUUGCCUUACGCUUAAAAUGCUACAAAUACAGCCCGAAAAGGAUAUCGUUGUGGAAUUUAUCAAAAAUGAAGAGUUCAAAUAUGUAAGGGCCCUGGGUGCUUUUUAUUUGCGUCUUACAGGAAGCGCAUUGGAUUGUUAUAAAUAUUUGGAACCUCUAUAUAAUGAUAAUCGUAAACUUCGACGCCAAAAUAGGGCCGGGCAAUAUGAAAUUGUUCACAUGGACGAUUUCAUAGACGAGUUGCUCCGUAGUGACCGAGUUUGUGAUAUAAUUCUCCCUCGUAUACAAAAACGCGCUGUACUUGAGGAAAAUAACGAGCUUGAACCAAAAGUAUCAGCGCUAGACGAGGAUUUGGAUGACGAUGUGGUCAGUGAUGAAGACGGUGGCGGGGAAAGGGAUCAUGACAAAAACAAAUCGUCUUUCUUACCUAAGAGGAGAAUACGCAAAGAUCAUUCGCGUUCACGUUCACGUAGUGCUUCAGCAUCUCGCGAUGCAAGAGGCGGAAGAUCUCGCGAUUAUGAUACUGACUUAGAAGACUAUGGUCGUCCACGUGAUCGUGAAAGGGAUAGAUUUGGUGUUAGUUCGACAUCAAGCAGUAGUCGCCAUUGGGAAGAUCGCGGCGGUGGUGGCAGCUCUAGUUAUCGCAGUGGACGCGAUGAUUAUAGAGACGAAUAUAGAAGAGAAGACUAUAAAGAUAGACGUUAUGACCGUGACUCACGAAAUGAACGGGACAGAAGGCGUCACUAAUCACCAAACAAAUGUUACAAAAUCAGAAAAAAAUUUUUUAACGGUAGCGGAUGUAUGGAUAUAUGUAUGUAUAUAUGGUAUGGACAUAAUACAUAAUGGUUAUAGUUCUAGUAUAAUUAAGGGCGAAUAAAAUCAAGACAACACUGCACAUCAAAAAAAAUGGAAAAUUCUGCUUACCCAUAGAAUUCGGAACAAUUAGUCAACGCACAAAAAUGUACAUAUAACAAAUUUAUUUUAAAGAAAAGUUAAAAGUAGAUGGAAUAACGCAUGUUUUCUGAAAAAAAUUUAAAUCAACUUACUUUGCCUGCGACUGGACUUGCAAUUUUAAAAAUAAUUGACAACCAUAUAUGACCAGAUUUAGAUAAUUUAAAUAUUAUAAAAGUUGAAGUUGCAUCAUCUCAAUACAUACAUUUGCACAUAGUAUGUAUCAUCUGACUUCGGAAAUUAAUGAUAUCAACAUCUCUACGUGAUUAUCGAGAAACAAGCAGGUAAACACUUUUGAUGUUUCCGAAUUUAGUAUGUAGUGACAGUAGUGUAGUGUGUAAAUUUCGCCCACUUUCCUCAAAAGCGUAUUAAGUAAAAAUUCAUCGUUUGUCCAAUCAUAUGGGCAAGGGAAACUAAAACUUUUCGGACACAUUAUUCGAGAUUUUGGUAAUGGGCAUUGACUAACAUUGUUUCAGUCAAAAGUAAAAGUUAAAACUUAACUUUUAUUUCUUCGGCCAAAUAUAAAAGUUAA